GUUUCACCAGAAGAGGCUUUCGCCAUGUCUUCGCCCGCUCUUCCAUUCGGCGGUCCAUUCAGCCCGGGCCGCGAAGAACCUCACGAUUCACCUGCAAUCUCCUCAACCAGGGCGACUGCCCCACCUGGCAGCACACCUGCCUCGACGAACGCACCCGACUUUUGGUCUCCGUCGGCCGUUUGGACUCUGGACGAUUUUGUACUGGACCCGGGAUAUCUCCCUUUCCAAGAAGAACUCCGCUCGCUGAUCUUCAAAAUUGCCGCGACUGCUGCUCCUACCAGAGAAGCCACGCCGGACGAUAGGCCAAGUGUUGGCGAGGCAGAGCACGUCCACACUGUGCUGCUCUCAGAAGAGACGGGAUCUCCUGCUGCCAGCACCCGCGAAGCGUCGCCGGCUCGUUUCUUGCUCUUCCAAGAGCCCAACAUCCCAAAUGACGUCGCCGAUCUCCAGGCCCAGACGUCGGCAAUACUAUCUCGGGGUCGACACGUUGAAUAUAUGGCCAACUAUGUGUCCGAGAUUGCUCCCUGGCUAGACAUGUUCGAUAGCGAGCGCGCCUUUGGCAUCCAGGUCCCUGUUCUGGCACGUUCAUCUCCCGCGUUGCUCUACUCGGUCCUCGCAUUGUCUGCUCGUCACAUGGAGCGCAAGGCUGCGCGGGCAAGGAGAGCGAGAGACGCGACCGGCAGUCGCUCAAGUGCCACUGCCGGGCAUUCAUUCGACAGUCUCGAGCUUUACCAGGAGGCUAUCCGGCUCGUCGGGCCUCUACUCGAAGCCCGCGACCCUGCUGUCAUUCCGGUCUGCACCGUACUUUGCGUCACCGAGAUGAUGUCGGCAAGUGCGCCAGACUGGCGCAGACAUCUGGAAGGUUGUGCUGCCCUAUUUGAAGCGUUCGGAGUCCAUGGGUUCACCGGCGGACUGCCUCAGGCUGUAUUCUGGUGCUAUGCCAGGAUGGAUCUCUGCGGAGCCCUGAUAUCUGACGGGCUAGAGGACACACUGGUUCCUAUCCAUCGCUGGCUACCGCCGGGCGCAGAGCUGCAGGGAGCGGGCGACAUCUUUCGGAGUCUUGGAAGCCCCGACAUGUGUGCGAACUACUCCGUGUUUCUUUGUUCCAAGGCGUGCGGCCUCAUCGCCGCGCGCACCCGCUAUGUCGAGCUCGGGGACACCAAUGGUUGUACAGACCAAGUUUACAGGGCACGGUGGCUCUCUCUCUGGCUUGAACUCCAGGCGUGGCUUGACCAACGCCCGUUGGAGAUGUGCCCCAUCCAGACAAUCGAGACAUCGCCGUUCCCGCGCAUCCUCUUCGUGCACUGGGCGGCUAUCUCGUCGAACCAGCUGUAUCACACCGCCUGCAUCCUCCUUCUGGGGCUGUUGCCUCGGUUCAAUGAUCCUGGUGAACGCCCGACAGGACUAGCGGGGUCGGCGAUUUACCACGCCAAACGAGUAUGCGGAAUCUCCCAGACCAAUCUACACCAAGGUUGCCUCAACAAUGCUAUCCAGCCGCUAUGGAUCGCUGGCCGGCUCCUCAGCCACCCGACUGAGCACUCUGUCAUAGUGAAGCUACUUCGGAACAUCGAGGCAACGACGGGGUGGGGUACAUGCUGGCGGAUUCCAGACCUGGAAGCUGCCUGGGGCUACCAAGCUGGCAGGAGUCAGAAGUUCAACCGACAAGGCAAAGUCCCUACCGAUGCCGGCUGAUACUUGCUCGUCUUGGAUGUCGGUAAACACAGCAACCUUCUUUCUCCCCUAGACCGCUGUCAUCCCCCACUCGCGACCCAGCGCACCGCAAAAAUACGAGGUUUGUGCCCGCCACCCAGUAAGGUACCCGACACGCUCAAGACACUCCAGAACCUGUUGCUGCUGCGGGGCGUAGGUCAUCGUGCUCGCUGCGACAUAGACCACUGCCAGGAGGCACGGAUCCCACCAGGCAACGUGUGAGUUGUGCAUCGCAAUACCGCACACACGGCGGGCAUGCCAAAGUUGUGAGCUUUGAGCAGCACCCAAUAGCUGCAGCGAGUGUGGCGGCAUUGUACGCGGCUUGUUGCGCAGCAGAAGCAGCAUCGCCC